AUUUUAUCACGAAUCGAUCGAAAUUGUAUUAUAAUUAUUAUCUAACAAGAAGUUUGCCUGAGUUUCUUGAGGGAACAGAGAAUUGUGGUGUUGAUAGUCCUUUGCCUAGCUAAUUAUGUGUCGUGUUCUUAUUUUAUUCAGGAGCUAAUGAACAGGCUGCAGCAGCUGAAAACAACAAGAGAAUAUAAUCAUGAGUUCGCGCAAUGCUAUGUGGAGGAUCGCGGCCCAAAACAAAGUGAGGAAGGGGAAAGAGGCCGCCGGUUCUUCGGAUCUUCCUCCUAAUUCGCCCCCCAGUUCCUUCAAAGGCUCUCGUAUCUGCGAGCCCCGCCGGCCAGCAACCCAUCCUGGUCGAAAGUGAGGAGACGCCUUCCACUCCUGGAGGUCACCUUAGAAUUGAACUUGGAUGAGGCCAGUGGCGACCAAGGGGUCGAACAAGAAAGUCAAGGUCCUCCCUCUAGGGAGCGACCCAAAAAGAGGAAGCGGUCCUCACCAAAAUGGGGUCAUGGGCGUAAAUCCAAGCCAGGGCCAAGUGAUAAAGGCAAGGGGAAGGAGCCUGCCGAAACCUCCAACCCUCAAUCCAAACUGCAUAGCUCGAACAUGUUGAGCAGGAUGGCUAAGGAAGCCGCAGAUAAGACUGGCGAGAACGAAGAUCGGGGCAAAUUUUUGAGGGUGGCCCAGCUCGCUACAUGUUGGGAGGAGAGCCAGGCGGCUCUUCGAGGUAACCAGCCGCCUCCAAAAUGGGAUGACAUGGCGAGCUCGGCUCUCUACGGCGAAGCAGGGAAUGAUACUUUUGCUCUCUAUGAUUCCUUCAUUUCCGUUCGCGAUCAAGGGUCGCUGGUGGCGAACAACCCCAUUCGGCUCGAAGAGUUCGGGGCUCAUUCAUUGAUCCAGGUAUUCUAUUGGCUGGCUGCCUGGCUCUUCAUUCUACUCUCUCAUUUGCUGUAUUUGACCUCGCAGGCUAUGACCUUCCUCCGAAGUCUCAGUCUGAAGUUUACCCACUAUCGAAAGAGUUUCAUUCAAACUAACCAAAAGCUGCAGAAUCUCAAGGCUCAACUGACGGAGCGAGACGAGGCGGACCUCAAGCACACGGAUAGCAUGCUGGUCCUUGGCGAGAAAGUGCAGAAAUUAGAAGCCGAGCUCGACGCUGCCAGGAAAGAGAAAGAGAUUCUUCUCUCUGAGAAGGAGGUGGCUCUGGCGAAGGCCAAGAAGGAGGCGUUCCAGGUUGGGCGCGAGGUCGGUCUCAUUGAAGGCCACAAGCACGAAGUGGAAGAAGGCCAAGCUGGUCGCAUUCCAAUCGAAGAAUAUCAGCGAGGCUUGGCCAACUCUAGGAUGUCCGCGGUUCGUGAUUUUUUGAAGACAGAUACUUUCACGACCGCUCUUGAGAUCAAGUCUGCGGACUCGUUCGCCAAGGGUUAUGAGACCUGCCAGUCUCAGAUCGAAAAGCUUGGCGGAUUUCAUGAGUCUUUUGACCGCAGUAAUCUGGACAUCUCACUUGAUGGCGGCCUCCAGCCCUUGCCUGCCGACCCUGAGCUGAAGGAUGAUGAGUUCAUGGCCUUGAGAGACGAGCUGGAAGCGGAAGCCGAUGCAUGACUAGUCCCGGUCUUCUGAUUUUUGUAAUAGGAUUCUGACCUGACCAAUUCUUGAAUUGUAAAUCCUAUAGAUCGUUUUCUUGAUGUAACUCUUGAGAAUAGAACAUCGGGGCGUAAGUUUUUGAUUGCCCUUGUAAAUGACACUCAAUCAGUGGAAAGAUUUGACAACUAGCAGUUUGUAUACUUUGCUCCUUUUAUUUGCUGAUUGCAUGUCUCUUUGAUCGCGUGAAACUUAUCUUCUUUUGAUCGUUCUUUCAGUCGGUGUGUGAAGUACAUCUUUUUUAGAUUGCACAUUCAGGGUGCGUCCUUUUCAGAUCUCACAGUUGGACGCGUCCCCCUCAGUUCGCACUUUAGUGGGAGGC